AGGUAGGAGGAACCCUGAUGAUAUUACAGGAUUAGAAAAGGCCGAGAUGAAUGUCCAUAUUCAAAAACGGACCUGGUUGUCUUCUAGGUCCUCGUAUUUUCUGAAUUUGUUUGAGAGAAACACAUACGGAGACUGGAACUGAAAUGGGAAAGACCUGUAGUAGUGCCUGCGAGUACAGGUGCAUGUACAGUAACAAUAUGAAAGGUCUAGAUGAAUGAGAAUGGUAGUUGCCUGAGUCCAUAAAGUUUAAGACUGACUUGAUGAACUAAGUAUAAAUCCUACGCAGUAUAACGCGCUGAGUACUAUCUUCGAAAAGAAUAUCUCAAAAGAAGCUCAUGGAGGCCACUGUCUGUGCUUGCGAAAAUACUACGUCUCAUGCUGGAGGAUUUUGCGAAGCGACGAAGGCGGAAGCAUCGAAGCUGUAAGCAGCAGACGCAUAGUCCAUACUAAACGCAGUAAGCGCAGUUGCUGGGCUUACGCGCAAAGCAGCUUCACUCUAGCAGAGUGUUUAUGACGAGCUAAGCUUGAGCGAACUAGCAACGAAGUUGUCGGGGCGAGUACAGCAAUUGUACCCAGUACUAGGCCGCAUAGCGAAGAGGAGGUGUAGAUCAAAGGAUCGUGGAGCUAAAAUCGCUAGUCUGCAUUCGCACGGUUCGCGUGGAAAAGCUAUCGCAGCUCAUCUGCUUGACAAGAUUCCAUAUGCUCGAAUAGCGAUCCUAGUCCUGUUUCUUACGUACGAAUGCGCAGCGGCAGCUCCAGCUUCCGAAGGAAAGACUCCAGGUGAAGAACACACUCUGCUGCGUAUGUGUACGUGUUCGCGUAUAUCAACUGGUGGUAAGGAGCCCUCGAGCGACUAGCGAAUAAGAGGAAGCGUGAGGGUCUACUACAAAGAUACUAAGUAGUUGAGUUCUGGUUGUAGUGAGGAACUCUACUUAGAGUUUCAGCACCGAGGCGUGAGGACUCUACUUACGUCUCUGGCGGCCAGCGUCAGGAGACUCUCGAUCCAAGAUGAAUAAUCCUGCAACGGCAGGCGAUUUGGAUGAUUUCUUCAGCCAACAGAAUCUUGGGCCGCCUCCCGCGGCAUCAGGUAGCGUUAUGGCAGCAAAGAUCAUGAUAGAAGAAGAAGAUAGCACACACCAUUUCCACGUUGUGUCAACAUGGGUCAGCAACCAUCUCAUGCCAUAUGAAGUACUCACACUAAUCUUAUGCAAUCCAGUGUCGUGCCACCAACUCUGGGCCCACAGGCUAUGCAGGGUUUCGGUUCCGAGCCAGCGGCGGGAGGCAACCCCUUCGGCGCUGUCAUAUUAUGAGAAGGGUUCUACUACAAGUACACUAUCAGGUCUUGUCUCUACGGGUACCACGAGCAGCAUCAUCAGAGGUGUACACAUGACUACGGGCUUUGAACAAUUAUAGGGAGAUCUCUUUGCGUCGUACAUAUGGCUGAAGCCGGCCGCGCCUGGUGCAUAGAUUUUCCCCACUCUAAUCAUGCCUGACUUCCUCAAGGGCGCCAAGCAUCCAGUAACCUGCUGCUUUCACCUGCUGUUCAAGACAUUAUGGUAUUAUGCACUUUUUGGAGUUGCAACUGUCCUCUUAUUAUGCUCGCUUUUGUUUGAUUUUCGACUUAGAAUUAAUUUGUGAUUUUUCCUGAUAACAAUUACCAAUGAAAUUCAGAACGAUACGAUUACGAUCUUCAUCUUAAACUUUCCCUUCUCCAGUCUUCUCGUCUAUCUUUUCGGCGGAUAUGUGUGGACGAAUGCAGUGCUGACAUACAUUUUCUGCAUCCUUUUUCUCGCCUUCGACUUCUGGACGGUACUGAAUUGAAGCUAUUUACUCUGUAUGUUUUCAAACAGUAGUACCAGCCUUGAUCCAUCGAUGUCUUCUACAAACGCAACGUACUAUCCUGAGUGCUAAUUGUCAACAUUGUCUCAUCUUCACCACUUCAUCAUCGAUCUUUUGACAACAUCUUUAGCUUGUGGAUGCUUUGCCUAUAAUCUCAUGAGUCAUCAAGUCAUAUAAUCAUCAGCGACACACAUACAGGUGAAGAACGUCACAGGCAGAUUGCUAGUGGGGUUGCGAUGGUGGAAUAUCAUAAAGGACGGCGAAAACGGUGAGGAGGUAAACGAGUGGGUCUUUGAGUCACUGCAGGACGAAACCCAGCUAGACCCAUUGGACAAGAACGUCUUUUGGCUUGGAACGUACUUUGCUUACUAGGUUGAAUAGUGUUAGUGUAGUUUUCCUGUAUUCAUUAUACAGAAGAAGGAAUAAUUAGAAGUUGGGUCGUUCUUACAAUGCAAUUGUCGUCGAAAUUAGAAUUACUUGACUUUCAUCUCUCCAAAGCCUCAUACAACAACGAACUAUUUUUACUUGAUUUUCAACAUCUCCCGAAAGCCGGAUCCAACAACCAGUUACUACUUCAAAAAUAUGUCAGAUACGCCUGGGCCCUGGUUUGGACGUUGUUUCUUAUCAUAAACGUGCUGUCAUUAAACCUGUCGUGGAUAGUAUUCCUGGUAGUCGCGGAGGUUUUCGCCUGGACUAACCUGAUGGCGUUUUGGAAGUGCUCAAAGGACCAAAAGGAACGCAUGCAGAGCUGGGUAACUGGUGCUGUAUUGCAAAAGAUGACUGGAGGAACUGGCCUGGAUCUGGGGAGGUUCGUUUAGCCUCUAAAAGCGUUUCUUAUUGUUGAUGGUGGAGCAACGUUUUUUAUGCUUGGGCGGAUUCUAUGAUGAUUGAUGGGCCAAGUAGAAGAUGCGCUUUGUGCUAUAACUCUGACCCUUAGUUGUAUUUAUGUUUGACUUUGAUAUCAGCGCCGCAUCUUCUACCAAGGAU